AUGGAAUUACGCGUCGGUCACAAAUAUCGACUUGGACGAAAAAUUGGUUCAGGCUCAUUUGGUGAUAUCUAUUUGGGUACCAAUAUCGCUUCGAACGAAGAAGUGGCAAUCAAAUUGGAAUGCAUUCGAACGAAACAUCCUCAACUACAUAUCGAGUCGAAAAUCUAUCGGAUGAUGCAAGGUGGUGUGGGGAUUCCUCUAAUAAAAUGGUGCGGUGCUGAAGGAGAUUAUAACGUUCUCGUAAUGGACCUACUUGGACCAUCACUUGAAGAUCUAUUCAAUUUCUGUUCGAGGAAAUUUUCGCUCAAAACUGUCCUUUUGCUGGCCGAUCAAAUGGUUAGUCGUAUUGAUUUCAUUCAUUCGAAGAAUUUCAUUCAUCGAGAUAUAAAACCUGACAACUUUUUAAUGGGCCUUGGUCGAAAGGGCAAUCUGGUGUACAUUAUUGAUUUUGGUCUGGCGAAAAAAUACCGAGAUGCACGCACACAUCAACAUAUACCUUAUCGAGAAAAUAAAAAUUUAACCGGAACAGCACGUUAUGCUUCAAUCAACACACAUCUCGGCAUUGAACAAAGCCGGCGAGAUGAUAUGGAAUCCCUUGGGUACGUGCUGAUGUACUUCAAUCGUGGUAGUCUUCCAUGGCAAGGUUUGAAAGCUGCAACAAAACGUCAGAAAUAUGAACGUAUAAGCGAAAAGAAAAUGUCAACACCAGUCGAAGAAUUAUGUAAAGGAUUCCCUGCUGAGUUUACAACUUAUCUUUCUUACUGUCGUUCGUUACGUUUUGAUGAUAAACCAGAUUAUUCUUAUCUACGACAACUAUUUCGUAAUUUAUUUCAUCGGCAAGGUUUCACAUACGAUUACAUAUUCGACUGGAAUAUGCUUAAAUUUAGCGGUCAACGCUUUGAUACGAACAGUGCUAAUGAAGGUUCAGCUAAUAAGAUCGAAACCAAUGGAUUCUCAGCACCAGCCCCAGGCGCUCAACCCAUCUACAAUAAUAACAAUCAAGAAAGUCUCGAUAUAAAUGGUCGGCCCACCUUCGGUCCAUCGUUAAGUAUAAAUGACGAUAACGGAUACGUGACUAACAAAAAACUCGAUAAUGAUGACAACGGGCAUAUGACUAAUAACAAGAGCGAUGACGAUGACGAUGAAGACGAUAAAAAAGUUUACCGCUCAUCAUCCUACAUUCAUGAUGGAAGAAAACUCUACAAAUCGUCGUCCAAUAUCAACGAUGUGAACAAACUUUACAAAUCGCCAUCGAAUCUUCACGAUCGACGCAAACUGCAUAAAUCGUCAUCGAAUAUUAAUGAUCAUAGUAAAAACUCCAGUUUAGCCUACGAACAGUACAUGAAAACACCAUCCAGUUCCAACGUCUUUAGCCGUCUUAUGCAUAGCGUAUAUCGACGAACUCCUAAAGAUACACAUCAAGUCCAACCGUCACAUUCUGCCUCCAAUAAUUCAAAACAACAUUUGCCACCCAAUGGUACAGAUCGAUCAUCAUCAGCACGCGCCACGAAAAAAUAA